GUUUUAAUUAAAGUGACUCAAGGGGGAUCACCGAGCUGCAGGGCUGAACGAUUAUCAAUGGCGGGAAAGUCGAGCCAAUGCAGCCUGAUUCGGCCUCUUCCUCUCCAGCCUAGCGCUUGCAAGCUGGCUCUGUCUCUUCUGCACAACACGUCUUUUCAUAAGGACCGACCUCCGCUCUGCAGCUUGCCCCUGAAUCAAGAGAAGAGACGGGACGUACAUGAGGGUCAAACUGCCCACCAGAAUCUGCUUACAGGAGUGUGCUGCCAGGCGCUCAAUGAACACUUUCUUCACUUUCUUAUGCAAGGAAGAGCGGAAACUUGUUAGAACAUCUAUUGCUGCUGGGAUCUUGAAUGCACCCCGCUUGAGCACAAGAUGAUCAUUGCUGCAUUGCCAAGGUCUCUCAGCUGGUGGCUGACGUAGGCAGAACCUCUUCUAGAGGGGUGUGAUAACUGGAAUCACGUCCCGUGUGUCCGCUUGCCCCGGUGUUCCUAGGGCAUCUGCCCUGAGCGGCACGAGGGUUGUUGAGUUGAGGAGAAGCAUCGGCUGGGCAAGCGGCAGCCAACACUUUGGUCCUGCUUGCUUCUUUCAAUAGUGGGAGCGGCGCAGCCUGCGUGAUGGGGAGUGAUGCUGUGCAGCAGCGACAGACUGCAGACUAUGUGUCUCAGGACGCUCAGUUCCAGCUGCGCGAGCGGCAGUACCGCCAGCAGUACAGUGCGCUCUACUUCACGCGCCUCCUGCAGCUGCGGCCCGUCCUGGAGGACCGCGUGCGCCGCCAGUGGCCGCAUGUGCAAGCGCUGGAGAUCCUGAAGCUGGCGGCGGGCGUGCGCUGCGCGGUGGUGGGCACGCUGUACAAGCAGAUGCAGCUCAAGCCGUCCAUCCUGGACGAGUACACCAAGGAGCGGUCGGCUGUUCCCCUGGUGGCCCCUGCCAAGCUGGUGCAUGAUGACGACUUCCUUAUCCUGGAGGACAUGAGCGGCCGCAUCCGCCUCACAGGCGACGCCCUUCGCCCUGCCGACUACGCCACAGGCGUGGUGGUGGCGGUGCUCGGCGUGGAGCAGGCGGACGGAGAGUUUGCGGUGGAGGCCGUCCUCCUGCCGGACCUGCCCCCCCAGCCGCUGCGCCCCCCGGCCCCCGCAGCGGGGGUGGCUCCGCCUCGCUACGUGGCGCUAGUGUCGGGGCUGGGCGUGGGGGCGCCGGGGGUGGACCCGCUGCAGACGCAGCUGCUGGUGGACCAUCUGGGCGGGCACCUCGGGGGAAGCCAGGCGCAGCAGCUGAGUGCGCGCACGGUGCGCGUGGUGCUGGCGGGCGACUCCCUCCACGCGCCCCCGGACCUCCUCACGGGGCAGGCGCUGUCUGCGCGGGAGCAGGCGGCGGCGGUGGCCCCCAUCCAGGAGCUCGACCUGCUGCUCACGCAGUUGGCCGCGGCCCUCCCGGUGGACGUCAUGCCCGGCAGCACCGACCCCGCCAACUACUCCCUCCCUCAGCAGCCGCUGCACCCGUGCCUCUUCCCUGGCGCCUCCCAGUACGACACCUUCUCCGCCGCCACCAACCCGCACCGCUUCUCGGUAGACGGCGUCGAUUUCCUCGGCACCGCCGGGCAGCCCGUGGCGGACUUGCUGCGGUACUGUGGCCGGGACGACCCCCUCGCGCUGCUGGAGAGCACGCUGCGCUGGCGCCACCUCGCGCCCACUGCGCCCGACACCCUGGCGUGCUACCCGUUCACGGACAGCGACCCCUUCCUGCUGGCCACGUGCCCUGCCGUCUACUUCGCGGGCAACCAGGCCGCCUUCGCCACCACGCUCCUGCAAGGUACGGACGGCCAGAGGGUGCGCCUCAUCGCGCUGCCCCGCUUUGCCGACACCGGGAUGGCCGUGCUGGUGGACCUGGCCACGCUGGAGGCGCAGCCGCUGACGGUCACCACCACAAACCUGGGCGGGCCCUAGCGCAGCCAGCGCGGCCGGCCGAUCCGCAGCGGGGUUCUGUAGGAUACCAAUUCGGAAUUGAAGCAAGCAGCCGGCCAGAUGCCGAUUUCACAGAUAACUGAACCGUCGACAGAGUAACGUUCCUAACGUGGGCCCAUGCCUACGGAAAGCAGCCAUGUCCUGGCAGCCAGGCGGCCCCUGCAGUUCUGCAUUGUCACCAGCGGGAUGCACAUAUUGCCGGAAGGUCAACGUGCAAUCUGCAACUGGGCGCAAGCACAGGUCCUAUUGAUUCACCAAGCUUACCCGUGCUUCUUCGUCAUGGAUGUAUUUCUGGAC